UAGUGGCCUGAUUGGGGGUGUGCGCGCGUCCGCUUGCAAUGGUACUUCCGACACUUUUCAUGUGAGAAUUGUAAUAAAAUGUUGCAUAGUGCAUGCCAGCUAUAAAUACUCCUGUCCAAUAACAGUCAAAAUGGGUCAAUUGCUAACCACACCCUCCAACCAGACCUCAUGCAGCUGACCCUGCUUAAUUGGAAUUGAACGCAAUCAGUCACACUCUAACAAGACCAUCGCCUCACAGAGCCUAGAUCUUCUAACUUGUGAUAGUAGGGCGAUUUGGUUCAGACAUCAAUUUGCAGACUAGGAGCUGGAACGAGGAAAACAAUACCAUACAACACAGUGGUGCCCAGACUUGUGUUCGGGAGUAGACAGUCAUGGCAGGGGGCAGAGGCAGAGGGAUGGCAGCCUUCUCCUUCAGGGUGGAGAAUCUGGGCAUCAACAGGGGCAACAUGCCAGAUGGCAGAAGGGGGCCUAACCCACUUUUCCCAAUGAUGGAGUAUAAACCUGUAGCACUGGAGCCAAGCCAUGGCGAUGACUACAUGCUCGCCCUGAAACAGGAGAUCAGGGGAACGAUGCGCAGGUUGCCCUGCUAUCUGAAGGCUAAUGUAGCCAAGUCUGAAGUGGAGAAGUAUAAAGAUAAAUAUGUAAAGGAAAGUCAAAAACGUGAGGAUGAGGGGUGGACACCAGAUUGGGAACGUCUGCCAAAAGAACUAAUGCCAAAGAAGAACUUGCCAAAAAAGAAGUCAGUAUUAAAGAAGAAACGCAAAACAUUGACCAGCUUGGAAAAAGACAGUUUGCUCUCAAAAUUAAGCGAGCUGGAAAAGACGGACAACGUAAACGCAGAUGAAGAAAAGGAAGAGGAGAAGGAAGAAAAAAAGAAAGGAGAAGAUGAAGCUGAAGAUGGAGAAGAAAUUGAAGGAGAGGAGUAUGACGAUGAAGAAAUUGAGGAGGAGAAUGAUUACAUCGCCAGCUACUUUGAAGAUGGUGAUGACUUUGGCGCUGGCAGUGAUGACAACAUGGAUGGUGAAGCUACAUAUUAAAGUAAUCGGUAAUGGUAUAUUUGUAAAUAUGUUUGAGUUGUCCUGAGGAGAAAGUGGUGCUGGUUAAUGAAUUUGGAGCUAUGGAAUGAUUAUGAAUACUAAAGAGAUGCCUGUAACUUGACUUCAUAAUUAAAAUAA